AAAUAGCCUUCACCUUCAAGAGCAAUUAUCCAAUCGGAUUUUCGGAUUUUGCCUUCGAUACACAUAAACAAUAUGGCGGAGCAAGUGUGGAAUGAAAGGUGUAAGUUCUGCCUCAGAGCAUGAUGGAUAGGGCGGGCAACUCUUUGUUAUGGAAGAAAUUACACGACCCCCAGUCUUUUACUCCGAGGAAUUCUAAUAAAUGGCCACAAAUGCAGAACCAAUUUCCGUCAAAAUAUGAGCAGCUCCCGGGCAUAGGUGGGGAGACACCGCGAGCACAUAAUGACAACCAGCUUGCGCUGAGAAGCGGCAGAAAGAGCAGCCCUGGUAACGCGCGUGGCAGAGAAACCAUGGAUAAUGACACUGAAGAGCGCGUGAGGCAGCUUGAAAUGCGCCUAGGGGUUUCAGAAAAAUCUAAUCGCGCUUUAUUGGAAGAAGUUUUACGGUUACAGAAUGACUUACGUAAUACUUCGAAACGAAGUGAAGACGUUCUGCGCGAGGAACGAGAUUCUAGACAACAGUUGUCAGAAGCAAUUAAAAUAAGCAAUGAACUUAUCUCGCAACUUAGUAUGCGAAUUAAAGAGACUGAAGAUAAGAUUGAAGAUGAGAAGGAGUCGCUAAAUGCUUUGUUCAGUCAUACAAAAAAUGUGGAGAAAAGUGUUGUACAUAGUCAACAAGAAAUACAAAACAGAAGAGAUGCUCAACAGUUGAAACUUCAGGAGUUAAGAUCAGAGCUGAACGAGACAAAAUCAUCACGAAACACGUUAGAGCAAGCCACGUACACGUUGUCGGAGGAGUUGAGGUCAUUGAAGAGCCGUAUGGAGAACCAGCAGGCCGAGUUUACACACAUGAUAUCCGACGUCCGUAACCGGGCACGAAAACUCGAGGAGGAGAAUAGAAUUCAUCUGAAUUCCAUGAGGAAACAAUCGGAGAUACACAGCAUGACAGAUGUGACAACCACACAACUCAGGGGACAGGUUGAAACAAGGUUAUCUGAGUUGAGAGAUGUGUUGAUGGAUCUGCGAGGUAAACAUGAAACUGAACAAGCUGAGAGGAGAAACCUGGAGAAAAUGAUGCAAACUAAAAUAAGUGAAUUGGGCACACAAAUGAGUGAGCAGGUUAGAAAGAGGGAAGAGAACAUGCAUACAGUAGAUAUGGUUCUACGAGAGAAGGAACAUGCCCAACAAGCCGAGAGACUUCAGCUGAAUGCUAAAGUUACCGACACAGUGGAAGAUGUCAAUAAACGACUCCAGGCCAAGGAAAUGAAGAUACGGGAGGACAUACAAUCUAAAUAUUUACAACUUGAAAAGCUGGUACAACGAGAGCAACAUUCUAGACAAGAAUAUGAGAAAGCAGCUAGAGAGGAUUCUGACAGGAAGUGGACAAUGUUGAAGAAAGUCCUAGAGGAAGAGCUUCAUGCUAUAAAAGAAAAUAUGGGGGGUGAGAAAAGCCGCAAUAGAGACACAAUAGCAAAACUUGAUCAAGCUAUCACCAUUGUGGAGAAACAAUUGACAGAAAACAAGAAACAAGUUGAUAAAGUCUUAACUGCUGAAAUCAAAUCUAGGAAAAUACAUGAGAGUGCCACAGCAGAGAAGAUUGCAAGUGUGAAUGAGAAACUACAAAUAGCAACUUCAACACUACAGCAAGCUAUUGGUGGGGUAUCCCAGAACCUUAAUGUCACCAAUGAUAAGAUUCGGCGAGAUGUAAAGCAGAUAUUGAAUGAGCAGCAACAAGGUAGUACAAGGGCACUGUCUGACCUUGACACCAGAAUGAAUGCCAUAAAACAGAAGCUGAAUAACCUUGAAGAUAUGCUUGAUGCCAAGGUCAACUCGAAGUUUCAGAUUCUGAUGGGAGGCCAUUUAACCAACAGAUCUGACAACAAUAAUACUAACUUGGCAUCUCAAACACUGUCAGAAAGGAUGGCGGACAGAAUGGAUGCCAUAUCAAAAUGGCAGGAUGCAACGGGAGACACCUUAAGAGAACUGGGACGCAGUGUGCAGACCAUGCCACAAGAUAUUUACCAGUUGGAAGAAAAGUUUAAACUGAUGAAAUCUGAGACUGAUUCAAGAGUCAGUCAUGAAUCAGACACCAGGGCACGGGAAGUGGAAGCACUUAGACAAGAAAUACAAACUAUGAAGAAUAAAAUGGACAGACAGCCUAAACCUGCUUCAUUACAGGAGUUAGAAGCUGUUGAAAUAGGGACAGAUGUAGAAAUGACAGAGAUGAAUGUGAAUGUGAGAAAGCUGGCUGACAACCUUCAAACAGUGAAAACAGUACUUGGUAUGAAGAUACAGUCUGAACAAAAACUGCGAUUAUCAGGGCUAGAGGAUCUUCAAUCACAAAUUAACCAACUUAAGAUUCUAACUGGAUCAAACCUUAAAUUGCAAUCAACACAUAGAAGUCAAAUGGAUGACCUUGAUACAGGGUUGGGUUGGGAUGAUUUGGGUACCCUUGGGACUAACACAAUGACCCCUUCUACCUCCAUGACUAAUGACAGAUCACGGCAACAAAUGUCUGAUCCUGUAAAACCUCAUCAUGAACCCAUUCUUGAAGAGCAAAGGGAAGAUAGCCCUUUUGAAUCUCAAGGUUUAAAAACCAUGAACAUGCAGUCCCCUACCCCAAAGGGAGCUGAUUAUGAUGAGACGAAAUCUCCUACACAUGGAGAUUAUCAAGAAAGGAGAAGUCCAGGGAAUGAAACCCCUGAUAAUUGGAGAACUACUCCUAGAAAUGAGGGCAAAACCCCUGAAACAGGGAGAACUGGGGGUAGGAAAACAUCUCAAUCACAAAAGGGUGGGGCUAAAACACCUGGAAAUCAGACCCCAGGGAAUCAGACUCCUAGAAAUCAGUCGCCGGGGAAUAAAACCCCUGGCAAUCGCUCCCCUGGUAACCAAAGCCCAAAUAACACAGGUGGUGGUCAGACUCAGAGAGCCCAAGAUUCUGGCCUAGAUGAUGUUUAAGUAUGCAGAAAUUGACCUUGCGAUGGUUGAUGUGGAAGUCAAAACUCAUGUACAAAAUUUGGGAAAUUCGUGCCAGAAAAGACGCAGGGCCUAGUGGGCUUGCUCCACAUGGAAAGGUCAAUUCAUCAAAAUCUCCACCUAGUAGACAGACACUAAAAUCUC